GUUAAUUUAAAUGCAUGUCGGCUCACCAUUGCACCAUGUCUGAUCCUCGCGACACCUUCGACCCGUUGAUUCGUAAAGCCUUUCAAAGUGAAGGCCUUAAGAGCUACUAUCUGAAGUUCCGAGGCGGUAAUGAGAAAGGCGAAGGCUAUAUUGGUGACAUUGUAUUUGUGGAUGUCUUCGCUACCAAGCUGGAUGGUGCUGAAACAGUGUAUAGUUUAGUGUUGAAGACGGGUGGGAAGAACAAGUCGAUGCGGCAAAUUGUUCGCCUGGGGUUUGAAAGGGAGAUUUACAUUUAUUCGAAGGUUAUUCCAGCCUUUUGGCAGUUGCAGGAAGAAUAUGGCAUGGUAAAAUUUGCUUCAAUCCCACGUUGCUACCUAACAAUUCUAACCGAUAGUCAAGAAACUUUGUUGCUCCAGGACAUCAAAUCUGUGGGCUUCCAACUAUACGACCGGAAAACUGUAAUGAACCUGGACCAUAUCAAGCUGGUUCUAAAAGUCUUAGGCCAGUGGCAUGCUCUUUCAUUUGGUCUACAGACCAAACAUCGGUUAGAGUUCUCCAGAUUAACGUCUAAGUGGAAAUGCCCAGCUGAAGAGAUUUUCGUAAAGAGCCACGUGGGCAAGUGGAUGAACCUGGCACAAAAGCACUUGCUGUCUGUUCUGGAAGAAUCUGGCGAAUCGGAACUGUUGUUGAAAUAUAAGCAAAAAACCGACAACCACAUGGCUACCAGCAUUGUGAAAGAUAUUUUGUACAUGGAAAAAGAACAUGUUGUGAUCACUCAUGGAGAUUGUUGGAAUAACAACCUCAUGUUCAAAUAUGAGAACACAUCUGAAGCCUCCCCAACUGACUUGUGUAUUUUGGACUUCCAAAUAUCCACUCUGUCCAGCCCAGUAAUCGAUUUGAGCUACUUCAUCUAUGCGGUAUCAUCCACCGAUCAGUUGGAGCAUUUCGAUUCAUUACUCCAAAUAUACCAUCAAAGCUUAUCGCAUUAUCUUCGUCAAAUGGACUGCGAUCCACAAAAUAUUUUUUCUUUUACAGAUCUUCUGGAUCAUUGGAGUAAAUAUUCCGCAUAUGGAGCGAUGAUCAAUCCGUUGAUCGUUUGCGAUAACUUGGUGGAUAAAGACAAUGCUGCCAGUUAUGCCAAUAUAAACGAGGUAUAUGAGUCGAUUAUAGAAAGUGUGGAUAAGAAGCAUAGCGAAUUGUUUUCUUCGAGGCUCAUUGCGGUAGCAAGACAUUUUACAAAGGAUGUUUAAAGUGUGAAUAAUUUGUAGAUUAAAAAUAUGUAGUCUUAAA